UCACACUUGGUCAAUGACCCAUAUUUAUUUCCAUUAUUGAGUGCAGAACAUAAACAGGAUUAUUCAGGGUAAUUGCAGUGAAAGUCUGUACUCCGGUUAACCUGAACAUCACUCCGGUUAGACUGAAUAUCAUUCUGGUUACCCUGUUUAUGGUAAGCUCUCAAUGAUGGUAAUGGUAACAAGAUUCAUUUAAAAAUUCUACAGCCUGCAGUCUACAUUUUACCCUUUGGUCUGCAUUUUUGAUGGGGGUGUGAAACCCAAACCUUGAAACCUGUAUCCUAUUUCAGACCAAAAUCUGUGAUUUUCCAUACCCUAUUUCAGACCUCUUGAAUUAGUACAACAUUUGAGAAGGGCUACAAAUCUGCCAAAUACCCAAUGCCAAGCCUGGGUGAAAACAUUCAAUAUUUCAGACCAAAAUGGUCAAAGUCUAUACCCUUUUCCAAAUCAAAAUCACUCAAAAAUGAUACCCUUCAGGGCCGCACAUACCUAUAUUGCCUAUAUAAGGGAGUGCCUUUUCCCCCGUCCCCGGACUAACAUUAAAUGAAAUAUAUAGCAUCCAUUCCAACCCACUGAGUCUAUCUAAAUCCUUUGCAAUAUAUUUGAGCAACUUAAAUGUCUAUGAACGUCUAAAAUAGAAAUCAAUGCAGCUGCAACACAUCUGCACAUCACAGAGAUCAGGUAAAAAUCUGACUAGCAAGCUUACACUGUAUGUAACUUGCAACGUAAGCUUCAACAAACAUCCCGAUUUAAUAGUCAUCAAUCUAGUCCAGAUAGAUCGAUCCAGAAGGCAUAAGAAUACCUGAACACCCCCAGAAGUUAAAGAAAAAUAGUGCUAAAACAACUGGGAAAUCUUCCCAAUCAGGUUAGAUAAAUGUAUUUAUCCAAAAGUAACAACAGACCGUUACGCUACUCACAUUUGCAAGGUUGGAGUCCGUCAGAAGACCACGCUUGGAGAGCAAAUUAACCAGUUUCGUUUUUAUCUCUACUGGAAGAAAUCCCAACGAGGUUUCGUGGUCUGGCAACUGACUAGCUACUGCUCUAAGACAAUGAUUUUGUAAACUACUCACCACUGCAAAAACCGCCAUAUUUUGUAUUGUAAUGGGUGGCAACCGCAGUAAAGGAUGCUUUGUACGGGGGCUCAUUUUAGAACCAGGCGCCAGUCUCCCUAAUCUAUCUCCUCACAUGUCCAUUUCACGUUACCAAAGAUGUCGUCCCACUUGGAUCGUAACCCUGGAGUGCCGCUGGAUUUAGAGUGGGUAAGCAGGGCAAGAGUUAAUCUUCCUGCAGUUAAACGACGCGCAGACACGCUGAAAAUUCGCCGAUCGGUAAAGAAGCAGUGGCAAGCGGCUUGGCUUCUCCGAGCAGUGACCUGCAUAGAUUUAACAACUCUGUCAGGAGAUGACACAGCGACCAAUGUGGCUCGAUUGUGCUUCAAAGCACAAAAUCCAGUGAGACAGGACUUGCUGGAAAGCAUGGGUAUGGCAGACAAGGGAAUAACCACAGGUGCGGUUUGUGUUUACUCAUCCCGCGUUCCGGACGCUGUCAAGACUCUGGAGGAUAUUAACUCCGAGAUACCAAUUGCCUCAGUGGCCGCAGGAUUCCCAGCAGGUCAGACUCCACUCAAGCAAAGACUAGAGGAAAUAGAGACAGCUGUUGCUUCAGGUGCCACAGAAAUUGAUAUUGUUAUCAGCCGAGCAUUCGUGCUUGAAGGAAACUGGGAGGCACUCUACAAUGAAGUGCAGGCAAUGCGCAAGGCUUGCGGAGAAGCCCAUCUAAAAACAAUUAUUGCCACAGGUAUUUUUUAAACUUGAAUUUUGUCAUAGGCAAUCAGGCUUUCCUGUAAAUAAUAGUAUAUCAAAGUUACUUUAUUUCUGACAAUGAACUGACAACUGGUUGACAAUUUCAAAAUCUCUGCUCGCAGGUGAAGAUUACUUUACUCGUCACCUCUGAGUUAAACAAAUCAGAGAGCACUUACAAGUGCAGUACAUGUAAUUAUUGAACCUCUUGCUUGAGAUUUGUGCAAGCUGUAGGAGGUGUGAUUGACUAGUUUUAUUUUAUUGUUCUGAAUCUACCAUAACUAUUUAUACUAUUGAACAAAGGAUAUUGAUAAAACUCUAAGGAGGGGUAUUGUUGAUUCCCUUUGGUAAUUUGUUAUUGUACGGAAAAACUGUAUAUUUGUUCAGAGGGUCUCUACUGAUAAAUAAAGAUACUAAAACUUGGACAUUCCACCAUGGAAGUCUGCCAAUUUUUGAGUUAUUUUUUUGUAAAAAGA